AACACGUUCCAUAGCGACGCAUACGGCGCACGGGAGGACGCAUACGUGCGUUUGAGAAAGCGGAUAAGCACGGAUAAACACGGGAGCGGAGUCACGGAUAAACAACGCUAGCAUGGGGUGGACAUGCGUCGCACACGCAGCCCUAAUAUGGGCUCUUAUUCUCAGCGUGGCUGCUACAGCCGAAGAGGAUAGAUCUAACAGAGUAUCAGGCCCAUACGAGCUGCCCAGCCGUGUUCCGGCGUGGCGGGGGCCGGCGGCUAAGAAGCGUGUCUGCUACUACGUCCUGCCGUCAACGUUGAACCCGGGCCCUUCGAUGGCCGAACUGUGCACGCACCUGUUGUGCGGAUUCGCCGCCGUACGUGACGACGCAUUAGUGCCGCAGCGUCCGGAGGACACGAUCCAGUACAGGCGCCUGGUGGCUCUCAAGAUCGCCAAUCCAUCGCUAAGGGUGAUGCUGUCCGUCGGAGCGACAGGCUCCAAGGGAGUUUUCAGCGCUGUCAUCGCUUCGUCGGAUGCAAGGAAAAAGUUUAUAGCAUCCGUCAUAGCGGUCCUUCGCGAGUACGGAUUCGACGGCAUCGACUUCGACUGGGAAUUUCCGGGACAGGGAGCUCCGCCGGAAGAAGACCGGAAGAACUUUGACGUCUUUCUCAAGGAAGUCCGUGAGUCCUUCAAGAACGAGUCGCAUGCAACUCACCGCAAUGAACUGUUGCUGUCAGUGGCUGUGGCAGCCACGGCGCAGCUCAUUCAGCAAGGCUAUGAUGCGAGAGCCAUCUCGCGGUACGCUGACUUCAUCAAUUUGAUGGCCUAUGACUACCACAUGUACAAGCCCUACCUGCCGUUCACGGGUCACAACAGUCCCUUGUUCAAACGCAAAGUGGAAGAGGGCAUUUUCUCUACUCUUCACGUGGCCUGGUCGGCGGAGUACUGGGUGGAGCUAGGUGCCGACCGUUCGAAACUGAUCGUGGGGCUCCCACUGUACGGGCGCACAUACACGCUCCUGCGACCAGAGUCACAUGGCUUCGACGCGCCAGCCACGGGCAUUGGACCGUGCGAUGGCUCCGUCCCCUACCCUUGGGUUUGUGAGUUCCUGAAGGACGGUGCCACGUCAGUGUUUGAUGACGAAAGUCAGGUCCCUUACGCCUACAAGAAUCUCACCUGGGUAGGCUACGACAACGUCGCCAGCAUCCGCUCCAAGGUGGUGUGGGUCGUCGCUCGAGGCUUCGGCGGCGUGAUGACCUUCGCGCUCAACGAUGACGACGCCGAGAACGAGUGCGGACACGGGCCUUUCCCAAUCCACGGCAUGAUUCGCAACAUGCUUUCAUCUUGACCCAGAGGAUGACACUAGCGGAGCAAAAAAAAAAAAAAGAAAGAAAACACCUGGCAGGAAAUGGGGCAUCACCGAUCGCAAGUGCGCGGCGACAUGCGGCGGGCAAACCGCCGUGCUCGGCAGAGAUGUUCUCUGGCUCAGCUGGAGAGAAGCGAUCAUCUCGGCGCGACCAUGGAUGGGACUAAGCGUGUACACGGAGCCCACUUCCGAAAGCAAUCAUUCAUAGGACAGUGAUUACCGAAGACGUCAAACUAUGUGUAGUCAAGUGCACCAUCCCCACUCGUUUGUCAUGAAUACAGCUAUAGCUCAAUAUGUUACCAAAGCAUACUCGCAUGCAGUGGCGUAGCCAGGGGGGGGGGGGG